AUGCAGCAGUUUGGUUUCAAAGUGCCCGAGAACAGGAACUACGCGGAAUUUUAUUUCACCAAUGAUGACCAUACUACACCAUCCGAAACCCGUGAAUACAGGGUAGAGGGUGACUGGAGCGGGGGAGCAUUUUUACUUGUUGCCGGAGCGAUUGCCGGACCCGUAAUGAUCAACGGUCUUGAUUUAAAUUCUCCACAAGCCGAUAAAGCAAUCAUCGAUGCGUUAAUGGCAGCCAACGCUGGAAUAGCUAUGGAAGCGAAAGGUAUUCGGGUAGUGCCGACGAAGAUGAACGGUUUUGUAUUCGAUGCAACGGAUUGUCCGGACCUCUUUCCGCCGUUGGUGGCGCUGGCAGCUUAUUGCGAAGGCAAAACAAGGAUCAAGGGUGUUAGCCGUCUUGAAUAUAAAGAAAGUAACCGCGCCGUUACCUUACAGGAUGAGUUUGACAUGAUGGGUGUUACUAUCGAUAUCGAAGGAGAUUAUAUGAUCAUCCAUGGCGGUGGAACCGUGAAAGGCGCCGAUGUCGAAUCACACCAUGAUCAUCGUAUCGCGAUGGCUUGUGCGAUUGCCGGGUUAAGAUCGGAUAGUGAAAUGGUCAUUGAUCAUGCCGAAGCUGUGAACAAAUCAUACCCUGAUUUUUACGAUGAUCUUCAAAAGCUGGGCGCCAGCGUAUCUUUAAGUAAUAAGCUUAAGUUUCAUGAAUAG